AUGCCUUGCCGUUUCUUGGAAGCCCCUGUGAUCGGCCUUAGAAGGGAACCAUGGAAGUGCUUCGACGCAUGCACCAGGGUGCUGCUGGCGUUCCCGCUCUGUGUUCCCGGCACAGCCUUCUACAGAUGCAUGCAGGAGCAGCUCGGUGCGCGCAGGAACAACCCAGAGCUCGAGUCAGUAGAUUUCUUCGAUCUUGUGAUCCACGAGCUGCACAAGCCAGACUCUGAACUGAACGAGAACAUUGUGCUGGAUUUGCUGUUUCUGAUGCUCUUUGCUAGCCAUGAGACCACGUUUAUUGGACUGACCGCGAUUCUCAUGUUUCUGACAGAUGACCCCAAAGCAUUGCAGGAACUAAUGGCACCAUACCUAGGUCCAGAAACUCCAGAUAGGCUUGCUGUGUGA